UUAUAACUUAAACUGAAAGCAGAAAGUGAGACAUUUUCUAAGUGAACACAGCAUAACUGAAAUGUGGUUAAUGUAGAUACACUUAGACGGAUACACUUCAACCGGAAGGUUUAUGAUUCACGUUUAUUCAUUGUAGAUUGUUAACGCUUUCAUUGUGUACCACGGGUAUUGUUUUUCUUUAAACCACAGGCUAGUAGAGCUUUCGAAGACCGUGUAUUGCGUAUGGUCUCAUUUCAUUCAUCGAGGGCUUGUGGGUAUAUUUGAAACAAUGAAUUGUUUUAUACAUUCUUUUAAUUGGACUAUACUAAAGGAUUUUACAUAGAUAAAAGCAAGCAAAAUGCAGUCAAACACGUUGAAUUUCGUGUUUGGUUUAACUAUCGGGCUGGUUUUCGCGUAUGUAGGCAUCUCCUAUAUGACCGGUCCCCCGACUCCCUGGCCUACUCAGAUGCGCUACGUGGCGACCGAGGACCAGGAGACGAAGUUGAGAUCCCCGUUGCGCAGCUUCCUGACACACGAGGACUUGGAGAAGAUCAGGGCUAUAGUGCAGCCCAUAGAGUUUAUGGACGCACAUGUACACAACGACGACGACAAAGAAGCGCGACGACUGGAAAAGGAGAUACGUGUUCUGUGUUGGGUCAUGACCAGCCCGGAGAAUCUGGAAUCCAAGGCAAAGCACGUACGAAGCACAUGGGCCCGACGCUGUAACAAGCUUCUUUUCAUCAGUUCGGUGACCAACAAGACGUUUCCCGCCAUCGGCAUUGACGUGCCGGAAGGGCGCGAUCAUCUAACAGCGAAAACUAUGAAAGCUUUUAAAUAUAUUUACGAGCACCAUAUGGACGAUGCCGACUGGUUUAUGAAGGCUGACGACGAUACGUACGUAAUUCUUGAAAAUUUGCGAUAUUUCUUAUCCAGUCAAAAUACAAACGAGCCUAUUUACUUUGGACACCAUUUUAAAACAAUUGUUAAACAGGGUUAUUUUAGUGGCGGGGCAGGUUACGUGCUGAGUAAAGAAUCGAUGCGCAGGUUUGGUGCGCAUGGAAGUAACGAAACAGUAUGCAGACAAGAUGGCGGCGCGGAAGAUGCGGAAUUUGGCAAGUGUAUGGAAAAUCUCGGCGUAAAAGUGGGAAAUUCUACCGAUAAACUAGGGCGCAGUAGAUUCCACUGUUUUGAUCCCGACACCCAUCUCAUGGGCGGUUACCCAGACUGGUACUACCAGUACGACGCACAUGGGGCGAAAAAGGGUCGUGAAAGCAUUAGUGACUAUGCUAUUUCCUUCCAUUACGUACCAGUGGACAAAAUGUACGCUAUGGAGUUCUACAUUUACCAUUUGAGACCGUACGGUAUAGAGUCGGGCAAACAGGAGUUAAACCAGGGCCGGAGCAGCUGACGCUGAAUGGAAAACUCGCAUAAAAACUAAUAUACACCAUUUAAUAUUGCGCAAGAUCAUACAUUUUACAAAUAAGAUUUUUUCGGACAUCUGUGCAGACUUGAAAUAUCCGAUCCUAUUUACUCGUGUUCAAGGGAGGGAAUUCAAAUCGCAUGGUAUUGGGAAUCAACAAACAAUUUUAUAACAUAUUAAACAGUGUAUAACUGUUUGUGUCAAUAUUCGUUGUUGAAAAGUCAAACCAUACACAAUAGUUGUACAUUUAUUCGUUUCCAUUAAGCGCUAUGGAUGUAUAGAAAGUCGUUGGGCCGUCGAAAAGGAUUAUUUAGAACAUAUAGACGUCCCCCGGUAUUCCAUAUAUUUGAUAUUGCUUUGUUGUUUUGUUGCAAAGAAAUCCGCUAUUUACAAGAUGUUUUAUGUGCACUUGUUAAGGCAUAUCACAUUUAGGUAUCAGUGCUUUAAAAUGGUAUAAUUUUCUACCAAAAAAAAACUUAUAUAAAUAUUUAGAUGAAAUGCUCUGUCUUGAAUGGAUAUUUGUAUUUUUACAUAUUUAUUUGUUAUUUGUAAUUUAUUACAAUGUUGUUCAAAAA